UCGCCCCGUAGCGCACCCGUUUCCUCCCUUCAUCUCGCACAUCCCGUUUGAUUUCCAUGGCUAAUUCGCUGCAGCACUGCGGCAUCCUUCCCAUCCAAAUCUCGCCCAAACCGUUCCCCAAAUUCGUCAAAUCAUCUUCCUCAAUCCGAAGUGGACCGAACCCCCAGAAGCAGAUCAAGAAGCGAUGCCUGAGAUGCGGCGAACUUUACCACGACAACAAUAACUCCCCCACCGCCUGCUCCUUCCACGGCCACACCACAGAAUGGACUACGUGGUGGGUGUGGGUGUCGGAGGAAGGGGAAAGAGGGUUGCUGUCCAUGGCGCCGCCGCACCAGGGCAUUGACGGGGAGUGGAGUGAUCGCAGCGGGGUAAUCGUGUACAGGUGGAACGACAAGGGGGAGAGGCCUAACACCGGCCGCGCCAACUGGAAGAAAAGGUGGACCUGCUGUGCCGAGUACGGGGAGGACGCGCCUCCCUGCCGCCGGGGCCGCCACGUCUCGUACGACGAUGGAUUUACGCUCUAUUGAUCCCGUUCGAGUGAGUCAACGGUUAUCCCUUCUUAAUAAAUAAUUGUGCCAGAUGCAAUGGAUUAAUUAAUAUUGAUAUUACAACAUUAUUAUGCA